CCGAUUCUUAUAUGAUAUACCCGACCUAUUUAUUCAUUAUCCCACGAUGCCCAAGAAAACCAACAGCCUCCAAGGCUUCCUCCGUAACGAGGUCCUAAAGAACCGAAUCCGGCCUCCAAGCCCUCCACCACCAUUGGAAAGAAGCACUCCUCUCGUAUCCUCAGAAGACAUCCCCGCCUCCGACGCAGAUAGUCUAUUCGGCGAGUCUAUAUGCAUCCCAGAUAAAGAGCACCCAGACAAAAAAGAGCAACUUAUAUCCCCACAACUAAAGCAGCUCCUCUCACAACCUACAUUCACGACCGCACCAUCGCGCGCUCCGACACUCGUCAAGCCCGCUCUGCAGGACCUGAGAGAAGAUCUUAAAAGCUUGGUCUAUGCAGAAGAAGAAGCUGGUUCACGAGAAAAAAAUCUGGUGAGAAGACAGAGGGUCGCUUUGCUGAAUGAGAUUGGCUGGGUGGAAGCUGAGGAGAGGAGGGCGAGAGAGGAGGAGUGGAAAGCAAGAUUUGAAGAACAGCGCAAGACGUUGCCAGAACCGCUCAGCCAGUGGGAGAAGAAGCGGUUGGGUUGGGCCAAGGCAAGGCUUGAGAAAGAGAGGAAGCUAACUGUAGUUUCUUUUCGCCUUGCUCAGAAGACACCGAAGAGACAACGAGAAGAAGACCUCGACGAUCUGGACGGGGAAGAACGGCACCGGCUCGGUGUGAACACAAAGCGGAAAGCACCUUGCCUAACAGGGCAUUGGAACUCAACUAUUCAUGACUACUUCCCGGGUCUUGGAAGAGAGAGUGAGGAUGGCCAAGGCAGAGAGGCAUUGACUUUGAGAGAGGUCGAUCCGGAGGAGCGAGCGCUGUUGAGGAGGGAGCUGGCGGAGAUGGGUGAGCGCUUGGCAAGGGAGGAGAGGAGGAGGCAGAGACGGGCAAUUUUCAACAAUGAGGUUUUUUGA